UCGAGUGGCGCUGUGGCGUCGCUGUCCUUGUCAUUCAGCUUGCCAAUUGACCCCCCUGCGUCCACUCUAUGCCACUCUUGCACCACUGAGGACAUUAUAUAUUUAAAGCUGAUGGACGCGACAGGGCUCGUCUCUCUUCUUCUCCUACUCUCGCACCGACCGGUCGAGUCCGCACCUGCCUGGCACUGCCUAUGGACCGUGACGUUGGGAUAUGCGCACCUUGGGCCAUGGAGGAGACAUCGGUGUAACGGCACUCUAACAAGAAAUGGUACUCGGCGAACCACGCUUCGUGUUCGGCUACUUACAUAUGGCGGACGAGAGCGCUGUACGUCGUGGUCAUCACGAAGUCUGAAAGUAUUUGAAGCCCGACUACGAGUUAAUAGAUCAAUGAGGGCAGGAGGAGGAUCUACAAUGUUAGGCGACCAUGGGGAUAACAUGUGCAACUUCAAGGAGUACUUCAAGGCCCAGGCAAUGCACGCGCAUACAUAUUUCCGUGUCAAUGAACAUACGCGCAACGAACUUACACAAUCACUGUGCUGGACGACGGCACUGAGCUUUUUGUCAGAAGAGAGAUGUGUGCAUGUGCAUGUAUGCGGCUCCACUGGAGACUCGGAGUACUGCCUACAAGGAGCGCGGCUUAUACGGCUGGAUCGAUAUGCGUAGUCGGCGAUGGAUACAAUUUAUGACCACGAUUCAGAAGAUCGAGCAGGAUGUUAAAUGGCCGUGAGUGACUUUCUGGUCGCCUCUUCAUACUCACCCGGGCUUCAUUUCGGCGAGCUUGUGUCCUCUCGUCGAGCCGUC